GUUAAAUAUAUGCACGUAGUGACAGGAGUGUGAUGAACAGUGGCAUAGACGCUGUUGCUUUUUACAUAGUGUUGUAAUAUCUGUGCAAUAUGGCGGGCGAUGAAAUUGACAUUCCAGAAACGGGAGCGAUUUUUACGUUUGGGCGUUCGAGAUUUGCAGACAACUUGCCAAGUCGUUUUUACAUCAGGAAUGACAGAAUUGUGGACUUUGACUGCGGUGAUGAACACACUGCGCUCGUGUGCGAGACGGGAAGACUUUACUUGUUUGGAAGCAAUGACUAUGGACAGUUAGGGAUGGGACAUAGUAACACUGUUACAAAACCAAAAUGUGUCAAAACCAUUAAGCAGUACCGCAUAACUCAUGUUGCUUGCGGUAGAGCACAUACAGUAGUAAGUACAGAUAGCGGUUUCCUGUUGUCCUGGGGUACCAACAGUGAUGGCCAGCUUGGGCUCGGAGACUACACAGGCGAUGCCUUAGUGCCACAACCACUCACUUCGUGGACUGCAGGACGUGUCUGCCAGCUGUCAGCAGGCAGUGGCCAUUCUGUGGCACUGUCAGAUGCUGGAGACGUGUACGUGUGGGGUAAUAAUGCUGAUGGACAACUAGGAUUGACAAACUCGGACAGCUGUGUUCGUAUACCAACUUUGCUACCUCUUGGUCAGAAAGUCUCUCAAGUCAGCUGCGGUUACUAUCACUCAGCUUUCAUAACAGAGGAUGGCUCACUUUUUACAUGCGGCGAGACAGAGAAUGGUAAACUCGGCAUCCCUUCAGGCACCUCAGCACUUGCCAGAGUAGAUGCAGGAGCGAAAGUGGUAUCGGUCACAUGUGGCGGAAGUCACACCGUUGCCCUGACAGAGGAGGGAGGAGUACUCGUUUUUGGCAGUAACGAGCGUGGACAGGUUGGUAUGGGGUCACGUAUUGUCCAGUGUCAGAAGCCAUCAAGGCUGCUGCUGAGUUGUGCAUCGGAUGCCACUGUAGUGGAUGCUUCAUGUGGGGAGAGCCAUUCAGCUUUCGUCACAAGUAAUGGUUAUUUGUAUACCUGUGGUGAUGGAAGACAUGGAAAAUUGUGCAUGGAAGACCCGAAGUUGAUGCAGCCAACUAAAGUGACAAGACUAUCUGGAUUUUUUGUGGAAAAAGUUUCCUGUGGUGGAUGCCAUACAAUGGUCUUAGCCAGGUGUCGAACGUUGGAAGAGAAACUGAGUUCGGAAGUCAGUGAAUCCAGCAGUAAUACAGAUGUCACAGAUGAAGACAGCACAGUGACACAGCCGUUGAGACAGAACCAGAACCAGAAACUUGCACCUAUCCUGAGGUCCAGUGGUUCAUGUGAGAGUGCAAGUGAUAAUGGCAGUGAGAGCAGUAGUGACAGCCACAAAAAUGAGGAGCAGUCAGGAAACCUGAUCUCAUCAUCUGUCACAGUAGACAUACAGAAUUAUGUAGCUCAAGAAGAGACAGAUAUAGUUGAUGCUGAAUCAACUCCUGUCAGUGAAUGUAACAAGGUUUCACAACAGGAAGUGAAACAAAGCAAAAUUGCCAGAUUCUUCAGCAGCAUGCAUCUGAAGAGAUCACAGUCUUUGAAAGAAGAGAACGGCCCACGGCCUUUGACUCAGGACCAUGGAAGAACUCAAACGGGUGGUGGUGGUGGUGAUGCAAGCAAACUGGUGAAUAUAAAAAAACCGAACAUGGUUCAUUUUGGCAGUCAGCGGAAGUCAAAGGCAUGCCUCAUUCUGUAGAAGAAAUCAGCUUACUAAAAAGGAGAAUUCUGGAAUUAUUUUGGAAGUAUGACAGCUGUUUUUCUUGAUUUUACGGUUUUUUCCACCUAUGUUGUUCAGGAGCCUGGACCAGAAUGAUGUGUAACACAGAUAAAAUCCAGGCAGAAAAAGAAAUACACUCUUCAAUGUUUGUUAUAUCUAGUCAUUUCUUAUUGUACUCUUUUUUUAGAUCAACAUAUCAGUGAAACAUAUUUCCUGUUGAUAAUAUUAUCUGUAACAUGGUUGUAGCUGUUAGUUACCUUUUCCUCAAAAUUUUGUUGGCUGUAUUUACAUAAUUUUCUAUUAGAAUAAUAUCUUUCCAACUGUGGCCUUACCAUGUGGUUUCAAUUGUGAAAUAUUUUUGAUAUACAUGCAAAUGAAAUUAAAUUACUUUUUCGAUAAUAUUUGUGUGUAAAUCUGAAUUACAAAUAUUGCUCAGUGGACAAAAAGAAUUAAAUUUUGAGUGACAUAAUGUGCUUGUAAUUUAUAUAAUAGUAGUUCAAAAAUAAUUACCAUCCGAACAGACUCGGAGAGAGAAGGAGGUACAGUAAAAUAUCUCUGUUUUGCACUUUAUAAGAGAAGUUUAUGUGCAAUAAGAAAUUUACUUUUUCCAUUAAGUGAUAAGGUUGUGUAAAGUAAGAAGUACUUUGAAACCAAAGUUUCAGCAGCUAUAGAUGAGGCCACAUAUGCAGCCCUGUUUUCCCUUCUUCAGGUUUAUUCUUAUCCCAUAAUUCUUUUGUGGACAUGCAGAGACACAUGUCAGUAGUUUAUCUAUAAAAAUAUUGUUUUAUAUGUGUGAACCCUUUAAAACAGACCACUGUUUAAUAAGAUGCUGUAUUAUAUCAAGUGUGUGUGUGUGUGUGUGUGUGUGUGUGUGUGUGUGUGUGUGUGUGUGUGCGUGCGUGCGUGCGUGCGUAUGUGUGAAAUUAUGUAAGUGCCAUUUAUUUUGUGUUGUGGUCUUAAAAUCUUUCUUGAUGCAGAACUAUCUCCAUAUGCAUUAAAAGUUACAUCUCUCUCUCUCUCUCUCUGUACACAUUCCCUCCAUCAUAUAAUUCCUAUUGAAUGAAAUCAUAGGAAGAGUAUCCAGUUCUAAAUAAAGCAAUCACUCUUUCUGUGUGAUACUGUGAAGCAAUAUCAAAUGUUUGGCUGUGAUAAUGCCACCAGUAUUUUAUAUAAAUCUUUUGUACAGCUGGGAUGUAUCAUUUUCUUAUUGACUGUAUUUUACAAAUAUUGCACAUUUUAAGAACUUUGUUUAAAG